CUGGCGGGCGCAGCCCCCAGAGUUCGACCAGCGCUCGCGUGAGGGCUUGCCGGCGCGUGGCCUUCUUCGCCACAGUGCCGCCCCAAGCUGUGGGCGCAGCCGUCCGGCUGGAGGGCUGGGGAGCGACCCCGGUGAGGGGAAGCGCGUUGGCUGUGAGGGUGUUGGACGUCAGCGAACUUCGCGCUUCAAAACGGGCGGGAAGAGUGGCUCCUCGAAUCUGCGCGUGACACGUAAUACGACCCCCGCCGCAGGCGUACUUUGUGAGGCGAUUUGGCAGUCCCGUGACAACCUCCACUUCUUGGAUUUUUGGUGGUAAAUUCUAUCCAAGAUGAAUGACAGCCUGUUUGUCAGUUUGGACAGACUUUUGCUAGAAUUUGUUUUCCAGUAUGAGCAAGAUAUAAGUACUAAAGAAGAUAUUCUUCAACGAAUUAAUAAAUGCUUUGAAGAUAUUAAAGAAAACAAGGCAACUAUUUGUAAGAUACAUGAAACUAUAAAUACAACAGAUGAGGAAAUUGGUCAUUACUGUAAACAUAGUAAAGAGAUCAAAGACAACUGUAGUAACUGGAAGCCAACAUGUGAUGUUUUUCAUAAGCAUGAAGACUAUAUGCAGGACCAAUUUACUGUUUAUCAAGAAACUAUUGAAAAAGACAAAAAAAUGUACCAUGGUUAUAUAUGUCAGUAUAAAGAUGUUUUGAAGCAAUACCAGUUAAAAUACUCAGAAACACCCCUUUCACAUGAAUAUUAUGAGAAGAAAAGAGAACAUGAAGAAAUUCAAAAUAGAGUGUUGGCAUGUACUGAACAACUAAAGAUGAACGAAACCAUCUUUAUGGAAUUUCUAGUGCCUGCUCCUUUUCCAUCACUUACUAAAUGGACAUUACAUAUGGCUAAUGUGAGAUGUAAAACACAAGAUAUUCUUAAACAUGCCAGCAAUUAUUCCAAAAGUUCAUCUGAAUUGAAGAAAGAAGUAGAUGAAGUGGAAAUAGAAAUUAAUUAUUUAAACCAGCAGAUUGCAAGACUCCGUGAAACUAAGAAUCUUGCAGAAACUCUGGAAGAAAAAAAUAAAAAUAUAGAAAAGAUAAAGGAAUUGAAAGAAAGGCAUAGAACUUUUGAAAAAGAUGAACAACCUGCGCUUACACUGGAUAAAACCCCUCAAAACAGUCAAUUAUUUCUUCCAUAUGAAUCUCAGAAAUUAGUCGGACUACUGAAGAUGCAUUCUUCAGAACCAAGAGUUAUAGAUAAAAAAGAAGAAUGUUCUGUGAAGCAGGCAAAGCUUGCCAAGAUUGACUUUAGACAUAAAGAAAACAACAUGCAGGUACUCAAUGACUCUACUCUGAAUAACCAUUCAAAAUGCUCAAAUUCUGUGGCUAUUAAAAGUUCACAAAAUAUGCAUUUCAGGUUGUUAACCCCACAGAAACCAUCAAAUUGCAGUCAAUGGUUUGAAAAAGAGGAUACAGAUGCUGAGUGUGAAGAUAAAGGGACAGUAAGACAAUUGAGGGAAUCAAAAUGUGCUUCACAAGUUAUAUGUACAGAACAUUUUGGGAAGCCAAUAGAAAAUAACAGUGAUGAAGUAGAAGAAAGGGCUGAAAAUUUUCUACAAACUCCUGAAAUUCCUUUAUUUUUAAAAACUCCUGAAGCUGUGAAAACACCUGAACCUUUGGAGAAAUUAUCGUUCCCUAAAACCCCCUCUUUUGAAACAAAUAGAAAUAUAAUGCCUGAAGGUCAAACACAAAAGGAAUCCCCUGGAUUUUCUUUUCUUAUGAAUUAUACUUCUAGAUCUCCUGGAUUGAAUUUAUUUGAUUCUACUGUAUUUGAUUCAGAAAUCUCAUCAGAUCAGUUUAAUGAACAUCAUUCUGCAGGAAAUUUAAAUCCUCUGUCAUCACAACAAGAAAUUGGAAACUUAUUUGGGAAACCAGAAGGAGACGAUGGCUUCACAUUUUCUUUUUCAUCAGACUCUUCAACGCAUACAUUUGGAACUGGAAAAGAUGAUUUUAGUUUUCCAUUUUCAUUUGAACAGGAUCAAAGCUCAACACCUUCUGUAAAAGGUUUUUCAUCUUCCUCACAAAAUACAACACAGUUUACUUUUUUUUGAACUAAUUACUAAUAUCUCAAAUUAUUUAACUGCUCUGUAAUCAUCUAAGGCACAAAUUUACAUUAUUACUUAAAAAUGAAGACUACUUUCUUUUGAUUAAAGCAGUAAUGGGUUACCAUAGUUACAUUAUUUGAUUAUAUAUUUA